AUAAUCUGAAACGACAAAAUUUAGCAAUAAAAUUAGGAAAUUCUAUUUGAUAUAUUUGUCUUGUCGUAAGCUUGUGUGUGGCUACUUAGAUACUUUUCCAACUACCAAAAGGGGGUUUAGGGUUCACAAGAGCAGCGACAUCCACCACUAAGAAAUCAAGCUGGAGAGAAAUUGAUCAUACAUGGGCGUGCUCGAGUUGCUCUGCAAGACUUCAUCUCUUUGUGUAGACAGACCGAUUCCCAGCCCUGAUUGUGGUUCAUUUCAGCUGAAUCUCAGGCGGAGUAGAAUUACAUUUAUGACCCCGCCAGCUUCCUCCUCCGCCGCCGUUUCGGUAACUGAGGAAAGCCCAAAGGAAGGAGGCGGCAAGCUGACUGGGGAUUCAUUCAUACGGCCGCAUCUCCGUAAAUUGUCCCCAUAUCAACCUAUUCUCCCUUUCGAGGUGUUGUCUACUCGUCUCGGUAGAAAACCUGAGGAAAUUAUCAAAUUAGAUGCGAAUGAAAAUCCAUAUGGUCCGCCUCCAGAGGUUUUUGAGGCUUUGGGCUCUUUGAGAUUCCCUUAUAUUUAUCCUGAUCCUGAAAGCCGGAGAUUGCGAGCUGCUUUGGCGAAAGAUUCUGGUCUUGAAGCUGAUUAUAUUCUCGCUGGCUGUGGUGCAGACGAACUUAUUGAUUUGAUAAUGCGAUGUGUUUUAGAACCGGGUGAUAAAAUUUUGGACUGUCCACCAACUUUCACUAUGUAUGAGUUUGACGCAGCUGUUAAUGGUGCACUUGUAGUCAAGGUUCCUAGGAAGCCCGACUUCAGCCUGGAUGUGCAUAGAAUAUUUGAAGUUGUUAAGAAGGAGAAACCAAAGUGUAUAUUCCUCACCUCACCUAACAAUCCUGAUGGAAGCAUUAUUGACGAUGAAACUCUUGUGAAAAUACUUAGUCUGCCAAUAUUAGUUGUGCUGGAUGAAGCAUAUAUCGAAUUUGCGGGACUUAAAUCUAAGAUGACAUGGGUGAAGAAGUACGAGAAUCUAAUUGUCCUCCGGACAUUUAGCAAAAGAGCUGCUCUAGCCGGCCUUCGGAUUGGAUAUGGAGCAUUUCCCUUGAGCAUUAUUGAAUACCUUUGGAGGGCCAAGCAGCCAUAUAAUGUGUCAGUAGCAGCUGAAAUUGCAGCAUGUGCUGCAUUAGAGAAUCCUACCUAUCUAGAGAAUGUGAAAAUAGCUUUGGUGGAAGAGCGAGAGAGGCUUUUCAAGCUUUUGAAAGAAGUGCCAUUUCUAAAUCCAUAUCCAAGCUACUCCAAUUUCAUUCUUUGUGAGGUGACAACUGGAAGAGAUGCUAAGAAACUGAAGGAAGACCUCGCAAAAAUGGGUAUCAUGAUUCGUCACUACAGUAACAAAGAAUUAGCGGGUUAUGUCCGUGUAUCCGUAGGUAAGCCAGAGCAUACUGAUGCUCUUAUGGAGGGUAUGAAGCGCCUUUAUUAAUCUUCUGCAAGCAAACCUUUGUGAGUGAACUACAGCGGGCAGUCGUGUAGAAAUUCAAUCCAACUGUGUAAAAGCACUCAGUGCUUAAUGCGCAGAUAUUCUCUGAACAGGGGAGAAACUGAAGAAUAAAACUGGAAAAAAGUUUAUAAUUCGAUGAUGGUUUUUAUUUAAAAUCGUUGAACGUGCUGUUGUAAUCA